CUACCGUUUGGUAUGGCUAGUUCUACUAGUGCAUUUAAUGUUCGUUUGCAAGAUGUGCUCAAAGAUGUUAAGUUAGUUGGUGGUGCUGAAUUGCUUUCAUAUAUUGAUGAUAUUAUUAUUGCUUCUCCGACUAUGGCUGAUUCGGAAACCAAUUUAUCAUUACUUUUGGCUCAUCUCAAGAAGUUAUCCAUUACUAUAAAUCAUUCCAAACUCAAGAAACAUUUACCUAGUCUAGAUUAUUUGGGCUAUACAAUUGGACACAAUUCUUUGAAAAUUCCUGAUUCUAAAUUAGAUGCUGUUAAGAACCUUUCCUGCCCAACCUCAGUGGGUGAAGUCCAAUCUGUUUUGGGUUUAUUUAAUUUUUUACGUACUUUUAUUCAAGAGUAUAGU